GUGGUUAAUUGAGAUGCGCUCCAGUUGGAAAACAGUCAUGGAUUUCAUGGAAGUAGUAAUAAGACGUUAUCGGGUGGAGGGUGUGAGUCUGCAGGCAGCCAGGGAGACAUCAUCGUGGGGGGAACUCUGGUGGUCACUGCCUACUUUUUAUAUACUCCACCAGGAAGAUAGCUGGGGAAGGAUGAGCUCAUUGUAGGCCUACCGACUCUGCAUGUGGCUAUAGACCCCGUUGAGCGUGUUAAGGCUCCUGCACUGACUGCUGUGGUGUGUUUGAAGGACUUCCGGAGGCUACAGUUUGAGUUCCAGACCCCAGAGGAUUGUGUGGACAUGAUGGAUGCCCUGGAGGCUCUCUCUAAACCAGUUCGUAUUCACCAUCUCCAUGCCUUUACCCACUUCCCCCGUGUGACCCUCCCCCCAAUGUUGUGGUCAUUCUCAACAUCUGAAGCCCUAUUAACGGCACAGGGCUGCUCGCCGGAGCAUUACAGAGUCAGCUACAUCAAUAGGGGCUUCAAAGUGUGUGCUUCCUACCCCCAGGAUAUCAUUGUCUCUCUCAAUAACGAAAUAAAAAAGAGUGCUAGCUACCGUCACCAAGGGAGGUUCCUGAUGGUGUGCUUCCAUCACAAGAAGAGUAGGGCAGUGUUGAUCAAACGUGGGAAGCCACUGGUGGGGCUGACCAGUAAGAGGUGUCGGGAAGAUGUGAGUAUUCUCAACGCUUGUCUCCCUGGACUCAGCAAAGGGAAGGUCAUGGACAUACGCUCCCAGUCCAUCGCACAGCAUCACAUGAGUAAAGGUACAGGGUUGGCGGAAUCUUUGCAACCUCAACGAUAGGGUUGAGGGUUGAGCGUUUCUUAGUAUGUAUGGUGCAAAGCAUUCCAUGUAAGGAACACUCGACCCUCGACCCUAUUGUUGCUGUUGUAAAGAUUCUGCCAAACCCUGUAUAGCUUGUGUGUAAAUGCCUAUUUUAAUGCCAUGGGAAGAGCUGCAACAACUUUCUACAAGAGACUGUCAUCCAUUAUGGCAAUUAGGGGUGCCAGGUCAUCAAGAAACAGACCAGCUAUGGAUGUACUUCUUGAGCCAAUCGAAGAGGUCCAGGUUCUCGAGGGACACCUAGGACGAAACUAACUGUUUUCUAUUAUCAACCAUUUUACUCUCACUUGUUUUGUAGCACAACUUAUAAUUAUUAUACAGAACCAACUUUACAUAAACUAUAUUGUCGGACCCUUCAUAUGCACAUAAGCUUGUUUACCAACCCUA